AUGUCCCGCCUCCUCCUCCGUACUCCCCGCCUCACUGCUUCCGCACUAGGUCUCACCUCCUACACCUCCUACAGCCUCCUCCAAUCGCACCGCUUUCCCGCUCGCUUGGAUUCACUCUCGUCGCCGCUGUCGAAGAAUGGAAGUGCGAAUGCGCCGAUUAUUAAGAAGGGGGGUGGCUUGGAUUCGAAGACUGUGAGUCAGAUUAGUAGUGGGAGUAUUGUUGGACUAGGAGCCGGUCUAGCUGUUAGUACAUUUUCGCGUUCCCUCGCGCUGAUAAUCGGGUUAAUGGUCGUGGGGAUACAAUGGGCCUCUUCCCACGGCCUCGACAUCGUCCCUACAGAUCGUAUUCAGCGCUAUAUCAAACAUGUGAAUUUGCGCUCCCUCAUGGAAGAAAACGUCGCGUUUAAAGUUUCUUUUGGUACCACGUUUGCUAUGGCUGCUUUUAUGCGAUUUUAG